AUGGACGUGGGGCCGAGCAAGCGGACGAGAGUCGUGAAUGGGUGCCAGGCUUGUAGAUCCCGACAUGUCAAAUGUGAGCCCAGUGACAAAUUCCAGAUUUUUGCAGGACUUGUACUGAAGUUCCCAGGUGAUGACAGGGUCCCUUCCUGCGAAUCUUGCACCAAAGACGGUAUCGCAUGUGUGCGGGCGACGAAUGUCCGCUUCCGAGGCAUCAAUAAGUCUAUCUCAGGGACCUUUGCAUUCCCCGAGGACCAAACCUGGGUUCAGGUCGAUAGACGGUUGACAUACCUGGACGAGACGACUAGAGUCAUCAGAUGCUGCAACGCCGGCAAGCGGAAGCCACAAUCGUGCUCUACCGUUGGUGACCUUGAGGACAGAGACUUCUACGACUCAUGGCUCACCCGAAACAACAUCUUCUCGAUCAUACUCUACAAUCUACCCCCUCUCCGUGACUUCAGGACCUCAGCACACGUGCCCCGGCGAGCGUUCUACCACGCGACCCUGCGUUACGCCAUAUUCGCCUUCUCCUCGCGCCACAUCAAUAGGCAUCGACGCGGGCAGGAAUCUACUGAGGCCCUGGAGUAUUAUGACAAGUGUCUGAAUCUCCUCAUACCAGCCAUAUCUAAUCCUAACCACCAUGUUACAGAGGAGGUCUUUGCCGCAGUGGCUAUACUUCGACAAUACGAGGAGAUGGACUCUGAGGAUCGUGGACUCCAUCUCACGGGAACGACACGCAUUGUCAAUUCGAUGCGUGGCUGGGGAUUUACACCGGGCCUGAGAGAGGCAUCGUCCUGGCUUUGUCUGCGCCAAGACAUAUAUAUAUCCAUGGUUCAAGAGUCACCGCUCAAGACGGAUCUCGACGCUUUCCUGCAGUCAGACAUCUACACCCGGAGCGAUGAUACAGCUUAUGCUGCCAGGAUAGUUGUGAUUGUGGCUCGCAUUCUGAUCGGCACGUCCGCCGAAGACCUCGACUCGAGAACACGUGUAUUGAAUGAGGCACGUGCAGAGCUUGAAGAGUGGUACGACUCGAAGCCGUCGACAUUCACCCCAACUUGGUCUGGAUCGGGGAAUGGCGACCCAGGGAGACUUCCUGAGAUAUGGAUGCUUCUUCCAUGUCAUGCUAUCAUUCUCUUCGCACUUUCGGAGCCAGCGACCCAGAAGUCAGGCUACAAUGGUCUGCGAGAGAAUAGACGUAGAGAGAGAAAGGCUGACCAAUUUGGGAGCAUCCAGGGCGUUGUACGAAAGAAUUUACGAACCAUCGUCGGCCUAGCGAAUUCCAAUCAGGGCGCAGAAAAUCUUCUUUUCAUGGCGAGACAUGCCCUGUCUGUCUGGGGCGGAGUCCUUGUCGACAAGGCAGACCAGGAGGCUGUCAAAACAUUCCUCCGUCACAUGCAGCAGACCACGUCAUGGAACACAGAGCCGAUGAUCGCUUCGUUGCAAGAGCAAUGGGACGAAUUUUGA